UCCCACUUCAAUUCCCCAUCGCUCCCGAAAGGCCCCUCCAAAUUUCGAACGGACGAGGCUGGAACGGAAGCCGAAACCCGAGCCACGCCGCCGACGACAUGGCUGGGCCGUGGUGAUCUCCGGCGGUUGGGGGGUAGCGGUGGCUUGCGGGGAUGGAUUUCGCGGGGAUGAAGCGGCGGGCGCUGCAGGCGCUCUGCAAGCGGCACGGCCUCCCCGCCGGCGGCACCAACGCCGCCCUCGUCGCCCGCCUCGACGCCGCCCUCUCGGGGGCCGCUGGUGCGGAAGAGGAGGAGGAUGUGGUCGGAGUAGCAGCGAAGAAGGGGUGUCUGAAGCGCUCGGUCGGAGAUGCUGGCGAGGCGAAGAAGGUCACUUUUGCGGUGGAGGAAUCCAGGGGAAGGGGAAAGUGUCACGAUGCUGGUAGUACUGAUUCUGCUGCAGAUGACGGUUUUUCUGCAGAGGCAGGUGCAAAUGUCACGGUAAGGCGGUCCAGGAGGAAUUCUUUGACUGCUGCCGAGGCUGAGGAAGUAGAAGCAGCGGUCACUGUUGGUAGGAAGCGGAAGCUGAGGAGCCAGGAGAUUGCUGAGGACGUUGCUGUCUGUGCUCAGGUUGUAGUUUCUAGCAGAGUCACAAGAAGGUCGAGCUUGUCCGGGACCACCGUUCUGUUGCCUCCUGCUGUUGAGAAGAAGAGAGGGAGGGGGAAGGCAGCAGAUAGUAAGGAUAAACUUGUCGCUGAUGCUCAAGAUUCGUCUGUGGCAGCGUCACCUGCAGUUGUGGAGAGUAAGAGAAGCAGGAGGAAGGGAGAAAACUGUGAGCCUGAUGUGAAUAAGUCUGCUAAGGUGGAAGUAUCCACUAGAACCACAAGAUCUCGCUCAGUAGAAGCUGUUGUGAUGUCCCCCACUGUGGUUGAGAACAAGAGGAGGAGGAAGACAGGCGAUGCACAACCUGAUGCAGAGCUUCCUACAGUUCCACAGGUGCCUAGAAAUGAUGCUCCUGUCACCAGGUCUUUGAGGAACAGAGUUGUCCAGGUUAACAACAGUGUGGUGGAGGAAACUCACACUAGCCAGCUGCUGGAAAACAAGAUGCAGCCUAGUAGACCAGCUACUCGCAGGCAUCAACAGGUUGCAUCUUCUGUGGAGGAAGAAAAACAAGAACAACUUGCUGCUACUAGUAAGGCACCCCCAUUGAGGCGACCAGGGAAAAACAAUUCUGAGGUCAGUAAUGCAAAUUCAGAAAGCAACAAAUUGAGUAGUACUCUAGUGGAGGCCAAAGACUCAAAAACUGCUCAACUGUUGACACGCCAUAAUGCUAAGGAUGAAGAUGUGGAGAAGCAACCAAUAGUCAAAGAACCUGUUAGGCGAUCAACACGUAGAUCUGUUGUCUCAGCUAUGCUUGAUAAUGAGAAGGACCUAUUUGAAGAAAAGAACCCUGAAGCACAUGUUAGGAGAUCAAUGCGGAAAUCUAUUGUGCCGGUUAAAGAUAUCAAAGGUGCUGGUGAAGAGAGUCAGAAUGCUAAGGGUGAAGAUGCCGCGAAGCAGCCAGCAGUUAAAGAACCUGUUAGGCGAUCAACACGUAAAUCUGUUGUCUCAGUCAUGCAUGAGAAAGAGGAGAAGGAUCUCAUUGCAGAAAAGAACCCGGAAGCACAUGUUAGGAGAUCAAAGAGGAAAUCUGUUGUGCCAGCUAAAGAUAUUGAAGGUGUUGGUGAAGACAUUCAAAAUUCUAAGGGUGCAGAUGUGCAGAAGCAAUUAGUUGUGAAGCAACCUGUUAGGCGUUCAUCACGUAAAUCUGCUCUGCCGGAUAUGCUUGAGAAUGAGAGUGGAUUUCUGGUUGCAGAAACGAAUGCUGAGGCACAUGUUAGGGGAUCAACACGGAAGUCUGUUCUUCCUAAUAUGCUUAAUAAGGAGAACCCAGAUCACAGCAAAAUGGCCAGAAAUGAGAAUUUUGAAAUUGGUAAGUGUGAAGAUGAGAAGCAACAAAAAGUAAAGGAGCCUGUUAGACGAUCAAGGCGAUCUGUUGCCACAGUGAUGCUUGAGGAACAAAAUAAGGGUCUUCAUGAGGGAAAAAUGACAACAAUUCCUAUGAGGAGAUCAACACGUAAAUCCGUUGCUCUUAAUGUAGUUGAAAAGGAGAGAACGGAUCACACUGAAGAGGUUGGAAGCGAACAGCUAGGAGUUGGAGCAACGAAGCUGAAGGUAACAGAUCAACUUACAGAUGGUGCUGUGGCUGUUGUUGCUUCUGGAAACGAAUUGCAGGUAGAAGUAGCUGUGCAGAACAAUCAAGGCCUGCAGCAGUCAACAGGCAAAUCUUCAGAUCAUAAUUUAUCUGAUGGUAACGAGAGACAUCCUGGUUCAGACAAGUAUGCGUCAUGUGAGAGAGUUGGUGAAGAGGGCUUGAAAUUGAGAAAACAGAGGUCUUCAAUGGAAAUAUCAUCUUCAGCCAAUGAUUCCUGGAAUGCAGAGGAUUUUAGUGGACCGAAAUUCAGGAAGCAACAGAGCGCACAAACCCCAAGUGAAAAAGAUUAUACAGGGGCUAACUAUGAUAAGCCACUGAGAACACAGCAGGCAUCAAAUUCCACAUCUUCAAAGGGAAGGUCUUCAAAGAGGAGACGGACAACUGCUCCGGAAGAAGUUAUGUUUGCCGAGGAGGCAAAAGAUGACAUGGUUAUAAGGGAAGCAACAAAGGACACACAUAAAGUGUCUAAUGAAUAUAGUAAGGAGUCUAGUAGCAGAAUUCAAGAAAUCUGUCAGGUUAAUGCCACAAGAGAAGAGAUCUCUUCAAGUCCAUUGCUUGGAACAGUAACACUCCCUGAUGAGAUUUGCUCAGCACAGAGUAUACAUAGGGUGAUACCUGGGUCAGGAUCUGGUGACGCUGCAAAGGAAAGUUCAGAUAAGAGUAAACAGCCUCAGGAACACUCUGACAUUCAAGCUGAUGAUAGCCAUUUAUCUGAAACAAGAAAUGGGGAAGUGGAUCAAUCAUCAAGCAUUGGUGAACUACUCCCACACAAUUGUUUUGUCUCAGAGGACAAACCAUUGAUGGGUGAAGCUUCUGAAUCUGCCCUACCAACGUCAGACAGUAAUCCAGAAAUUUGCUGUGAUGUGAUUUCUGAACAAAGCGUUCAAGCUGCUGAUCUGGGGAGAUGUACCAGCAAUGGUGGAAAAGGGAACCCUGUUUUGACAAAUCUGCACUCAGAUAGUGCUGCUGAUGAUAGGAUUCUUCCAGUACUGAAUGAUGGUAAGGGAUGUUCAUCAGAUGGAAGACAUUCGUCAUUAGGUCUCGAGUUUCUGUUUACAGAAGUGUGCAAAGAAAGCUGUUCCAGAAAUGUCGAAAAUACUGCUGUAGAAGUUGAUGGUGGAAACAAAUCUAGCACUAGUGUAUCUCCUGGUUUCUGUGUGGGCUCAGAUUGUGGUCUGGAAGAUGAGGAUGUGCAACCUACUGGAUUUGAUGCUGAUAAGAAACUUGAUGUGGAUCAGGAUGUUGCAGAAGAAGAAGUUGUUGCUGAGGAGAAAAGUUAUGAUGAACAUGUUGCUUCCAAAACUGACCUAAACACAAAGUUAAAUGGUGAACUUACUGGUCUUGAUAUGGAAUCGGAUUGUGGCAUUGCUGAAAAGAACGUGAGGCUUGUUGCAGAUAAUCCUGAUGAAGAAGAAGCUACAAUUCAGGUCCUGCAGGGUUAUGUACAAGAAGGUGAUUCUGAGAAGCCUUCGCAAUUUUCAGCAACACCAGAGUGUAAACAUGAAUGUGGUUUGCCUGAGGAAACAGUAUUGCACUCAAAGGAGAACAAGGGACGGUUAUCAAUUGCAGAACAAUCACCAUUUGGCCUACAAUUCCUGUUCUCGAAGGAAAGCAUAGAAAAAUCUGUGGAGUAUGGUGCCCUUGCUUCUGCAACAGUUCAUAUGGAAAAUGGAUUUGAUGAAUUAAAAGAUUGCCAUGUGAAGUGUAUACUCGAAAAAACUCAUGCGUCAGAACCUUUUUCACACCAUGAUACUGAUGAAGGUAGUUGUUCGGUUUCCAAAAGUGAUGUUUGUAUGUGCACAUCCCAGCAAGAUAAUGGAAUAGAAGGUUUAUCGAAGGCUAGUCUUGAUGAAGAAUGGGUUUCAUCAGGCUUUUUGUUGGAUGCAAAUCACAUAAAGGAUGUAACUAAUUCUGAGGAAGCGGCUUGCAAGGGCGAAGGAAGUAAGAAGCCUGCCCAUUCUGAUGACCUUAAAGCUUCAUCUGGAAAAACAGAUGUCAAGGGGCCAGGUGAUAAUCCAUAUAGUGUUACUGACACUGUAUUCAACAGCGCCCUGCAUGCUCCUGCCAAUGACAACUAUGAUGCAUGUUUAGAUUCCAAUACUGAACUAGUGCAGCAGGGUCAUAAAGACCGAUGCAGUGAGGACACGGAAGAACGAUUUGCUUCCAAACCCUGGACAAAUGAUAUUAUUGAGGAUGCAAUUGGCAAAUACAGUGGAACUGGAGUCGUACUGCUCCCGGCUGAAGAAAGAUCACAUGUACAAGAUGGCCAACUUAACUCCAAGUUGGAAGGCGCAAAAGUUUUAGACUCUGGCCUUAAUUUCAGUAAGGAUAUUAGUAGCAUUUUGGAUAAUGGAUCUGUUGUGGGCAGUAUUGGUGAAAGAACUCUAUCUAGUUCCGGUUUACCAAAAGAUUCGUCCAUAGAAUAUAAUCUACGACAGGAGGUUUUAGAUGGCUCCUCAGCGGAAACAUUUCUUGAUGGGUCCAAUAUUUGUGGGGGAAAAAAUGUUUCUAGAGUAGAUACUAUUGAAAAUCCUUCAUUUAAUUUAGCAACUCCUGGUUAUAAGCAUGAAGGUGCUUUGUCUGAGGAAGCAGUACGCACAAUGAAGAAAUAUGCUGGAACAUGCUCAUCAAAUCCCAGAGAAUUACUCAUGGACCUGCAGGCCCUGUUCUCAAAGGAAAACAUUGAAGAAUCUGAUUCGCAGGAUGGCCUUGCAUUCGCUGAAAGUCCCGGAGAUGAAUCGAUUGAUGUUAAACAACAGGUUGAGGUACAUCUUGGUUCUAAUCUGUCUCAGUUUGAAUCAACUCAUCUCUUGGAUGGACUGAUUGGGUGUUCCAAGACUGAAGUGCUGCAUCAGGGUCAUAAAGAUGGAUGCAGUGAGGAUAGGGAAGAGCAAGUUGCUUCUGGACCCUGCGCAAAUGAUAUUGUGGAGGCUGCCGCUGCCAGAUACAUAGAAAGUGGAGUGGUGCUGCUUCCAUCCGAAGAAACAUCAAAUUUGAAAGAUGGGCAGCUUAACCCCAAGAAGGAAAGCGCAAUAGUUAUGGAAUCUGGCCUUAACUGUAGUAAAGAUGUUACUAAUACUUCAGACAAUGGGUCUGUUGUGGACAUCGUUGGUCAAAGGACUCCAUCUGGUUCGGGUUUACCAGAAGAUUAUCGUACGGAUCAUAACCUGCAACAAGAGUUUUUAGAUGGCUGCUCAGUGGAAUCAUCACUUCAAGGAUCCACCAUAUCUUCGAAGAAAAUUGUUUCUGGUGUAGCAGUGCCAGGUACCUUUGGGAAUCCUUCAUUUAGUCUAGCAACUCCUAAUUAUAAACAUGAAGGUGCUUUGUCUGAGGAAGCAGUGUGCAAAAUGAAAAAUUAUACUGGAACAUGCUCGGCAGAUCCCAGACAUUUGCUCAUGGAGCUGCAGUCCCUUUUCUCGGAGGGAAGCAUUGAAAAAAUUGAUCCGCAUGAUGAUCUUGCAUUUCCAAGUGCUGGAAGAGGAAGAAAUGAACCUGUUGACACACUUGUUUGUUCAGAGCCUGAUACAAACCAAGGCAUUUGCAAAGAUCUCAGCAGAGCUGAAGAAAAAGAGAGUUGCAUGUCUAUUUCCGUGCAACACUAUGAAAGUGGAGGGUUCUUGAGGUCGAGCCACAUGAAAGAUUGGGCAAUGUCAGCCCAGAUUGAUUUGUCAGAUGAUGCCCGUCUUAUUGAAAGGAAUACUGGUGUUGAGGAAGUGCUUUGUGAGGAAAAAGAGAAAAGAAAGUCUAUGCCUACUUCAGAUAGUGAUGUUCUCCAUGAAAAAUCACGCUCCAAUGAACAUGGAAUUUGUCGAUCUCAUGGCCAGAAGCAUAUUGUUGAAAUUAACUCCAAGCAAUCGAGUUGUGAUUCUGAGAUGAUCCAUCAAGAUCAUAAAGAAGAAAACUAUGAACCUAAUGAAGACAAAAUCCUUGAAAACGGUAUGUAUGAAGAUGCCCCAGUUAAAGGAAUAGAAAGUGCAAUUAUGCUGCCCUCAGUUGCUGGGACGUUGAAAAUGCCUGUUGAGCAGCUUAAGACCAACCUGGGUGAUGAAGGUGAGGAACACAGCUUUAGCUGUGGUCAAGAUAUGAUUGAAAUCUUCUGUACUGGGUCAGCCAAGAAGGAUCUGUUCCCGUUGCCCAAGGACUACCAUGUGGACUCUUUCCAGAAACAGGAUGUCCCCGAUGUCCUUUCUUUACUUCAAUCUCCUGAAGAAUCUGCAAAUUGUCUUGAAGAGAGUGUUACAGGAUCAGGAUCUUGUCAGACUAGUGGGCAACAAUGUAUAAAUGAAGUCAGCGGUAUGCAGGUGACUUCUAAUAUUGAAGUGUUCCAUCAAGGUCAUGAGGAAAGCUAUGAAAAUAAUGACGGCAAAAUUACUCCUGGUAUCCCUGCCAGCGGUGUGUCUGAAGCUGUAGAUAUUGAAAGAUCGGAAACGGAAAUAGGUCUGGCUCCUCCUGGAGGAACAUCAGCAUUGCCAGAUGAGCAGCUUAACAUGAAGGUUGAGAGCCACGAAGUUGAUGAAUACAGCUGUUGCUAUGAUGAGGACACUUCGAGCUUAUUUGACACUGAAUCGCUGUGCAGCAAAGCAUCCAGUUUGGACAAAGACACUCACAAGGAUCCUCCAAGUGAUCUAUCUACUCUGAGGUCCCCCGAAGUAUCUACAGUUUUUCAGAACCAGUCUGUUCCAGGAUCAGUAGGAAUCUGUCAAAGCAGCAGGCGAAGAGGUAUAGAUGAACUCCGUGCUAAGCUGCAGAGUUUCAAAGUUUCCAGCACCGUAAAAGGAAGCUACAUUGCUAUGAGCGCCCCUCGCCCGAAGCCAGGUGACAACCUGGGCCAAUCUGCGAUCGCCUUGCUCCGGAACAGGGAGAACGCACCUCCUGCUAAAGCAGGCCAUCAUGCUAUGCCGAACCCUGAUCGCUCGGUCGCGAAGGAGUCGUCAAGACUAGCGCUGCAGCCGAUCAGUGGAAGACCAAGGGAUCACUGAUAGGUAGUUGGUCGUACACCGUAGUUUGUUGUUGACAUUUCGCAUUUGUGUUCAACAUUUGGUGGUGGUGGUGUUCAACCUUUGGUUGAAGAUUAUUGGGUGUGUUCGUGCAGCAUGUAGUGAAGAAGCUGCUCUGUGCAUUUGUUAGUAUUUAAUUAACGUAGUGUGGCCAUGGUAGCAGUGUUUAAGAAGCUGGUAGUCGUGCAGAUGGUUAUGCAAGUGUUGCUUUGGUUUGUACCAUUCCAGUUAUCGUGGACAGAUUUGUUAUGGUCCAUGGUGUUAUUGAUACCUGUAUGCUUGCUUGAACUAAUCUCUUGCGAUGGCUUACGAGAUGCGUGUUGCUGA